ACCGCCUUGCGCCUAGUUGGGGACGGACGUGCGUUACCCGCAUUUUAGCUCGGUGCACGCUACACGAAACAAGUUUAUUACUUCACAUUCAGAAGAUUCUUAUUCUAUGAGUAAACAUUGAACUUACAUCACGAUGUUCUUUGCUGAACUACUUGUAAAAACAUUAUUCGUGCGGAAUUUUUCACGUUAAAGACAUUUCUUGUGCAAGUUGUGAUUACUUCAUUAUCUUUAUCGGACGAUAGAGUACGCGAAGGUGUGACAAAUACGCGAGUGAAUUUGUUUGUUUUUAAACAAAAGACACGUUCGUUGCAGAAGCUGAGUUUGAAAGGUUGUUUUUGUUUUUUAAAAGGACGCAUAGCGUGUUGAAAAGAGACAAGAUGAGGCCCCAGCGCGGAAGAGCGACAGGUGUAGUGGCGUUGGUGGUUUUGUUGGCGACUGUUACAGGAUGCUCCGGACAGAAUCUCCGGAUAUUCCCAAUGCAGAAGGUGCAGACGGUUGCUAUCGGCAAGGCUGUAGUGCUGACCUGCCAGGUGGAUGGCACAGAUCCGGCCUUGACCACGCAGCCACAGUGGAAGGACCCUAAGGGACAAGUCAUCAAUGAAGCGGCUCCCGGCACAAGACCAGAGAUUUACACGGAGUCCAUGCCAGCGCGACAACAACAGCUGUACAUUUCUUCCAUCACACCCGCCAUGGCCGGGAACUAUACCUGCGUGUCCAGCUACACGAAUAUCGGACUCGCCGCUAGCGUUAUCUUGGAGACUUACGUCGCUAUCACCUGGACCAACGCCAACGAGAACCAGUUCGCGACGAAAGGGAAGGAUUUCAAAGUUAUGUGCGAAGUGACUGCUGAACCAUCGCCCUCUAUAGAUUGGUUCAAGGAAGGAACUCCUAUUGCAACUGACGAUAGAUACGUAAUUCACACAAAUGGUUUGCAAAUCAAAAAUGUCCAAGAAAGUGAUGACGGUACAUACACUUGCCGAGCUGUUGUCAUCAAAACUGGUGAACUGGCUGAGAGACACAUCAAGCUUGAGGUAUACACGGCACCAGAAAUGGAGGAAAGGGAACCAAAAGUAGUGCUUAAGGAAGGCGAAUCAGCUUCCAUCACUUGCAAAGCCAGAGGCAAGCCGCCCCCCACUUACACUUGGAUCAAGGCCAGCACUCGGGAGAAUUUGGCGUCUACAUCAAGAUUUAGUGUGAAUGAAAUCAGUGGACUUCUGACAUUUGACCGCGUCGAAGCCGGUGAUUACGGCAAGUACAUCUGCAGUGCCGUCAACCAAGCUGGCCAGAACGAGACAGAGAUAGACGUUGAUGUCCUUGUUCGACCGAAAAUCUUUGAAUUUUUCAAUAUCACCGCUCCUGAGAGAUCCGAAACGAGAUUAGAAUGCAAAGCUACUGGAAGACCAGCUCCUCGAUUGAGUUUCAGGAAACUCUCAAAUCCCGAUAGGUUCCUAAACGGAGCUAACGAUGAUGGAAGAAUUUUAAUUGAGACGAGCAGUCGGCAGACAGGGGAUCAAAUGCAAUCCAGCGCAGUUAUCACAAUUUCCAAUCUAAAUAGGACGGAUGAUGGCUUGUACGAGUGUGUUGCAGAAAAUGGCGGUGGUGAGGCAAGGAAGAAUGGGCAUUUGACUGUACAAUUCGCACCGACAUUUGAAAAUAUGCCUAAUGCACCAAUUUGGAGCUGGAACGGUCUUCCAGUGAACAUCAGCUGUAUCGCUGAAAGUAUACCAAACGCCACAAUCAAAUGGAGGUUCCUCGACAGAGAUUUGGUAGAGUCUCCCCAAGUAAAGAUCUAUGGUUCGGGACCUUACAGCUACGUUACCAUUCAGCCUACAGACCGAGCUCUCUAUGGUGUAUACAAAUGCAUUGCAACCAACACUCUUGGCGAAGCGGAACACAUAAUUCAGCUCAGAGAAGCUUUCCCUCCAAGACAAAUAGAUCAGGUACGCCAAGAGACGAUAACGGCGACAUCGGUGUCCUUCAACAUAAUUGGACCAGCUGAAGAUAUGGGUCCGCCAAUCCUGGCGUACACCGCCCAAUAUAAAGAAAACACUAAUUUCGACUGGAACCUUGCGCUGAAUAGGACUUGGUCUGUCAACUCGCCGUAUAUUGUCGAGAACUUGAGACCUAUGUUCACGUAUGACUUCAGAUUUGCUGCAGUCAAUCAAGUUGGCGCCGGUGCCUGGGGAGCUCCUUUAACAGUCAUCAUGCCUAGAAGAUCGCCUCCCGAACAACCAAAGUGGAGAGAAAAUAUAAGUUCGGAAUCUCUUAUACAGGGAGUGUACGCAGAUAAAUAUGAACUGAAGUGGAAAGUUCCUGCAAAUAACGGUGAACCCAUCGAUAUGUACGAAAUCAGUUACUGCCCUGUAUUGAAAGUAAGCGGAAAUUGGAAGAUUGCGUCAGAAUCUCAAUGUGUAGUGGAAAAGCUAAACUCUUUCGAAGAUAUUAGCUACGAAGUGAGAGGGCUCAUCCCUGACACACGUUACCGUAUGCAUGUCAAGGCACACAACAUACUCGGAUAUUCUGCGCCGGCGCAGCUUUACGUCCAGACCGCUCUUGGAGUACAAACCUCCGGAUUUGCUCCUCCUCAACUACUUUCAAGCGGGGCCAUUAUUGGGAUAGCGCUAACUGGCGUGUUCAUCUGCUUGCUGAUAGUGGACUUGCUACUAUUCUGCUUCAGACGACAGGGUGUCAUAGCCACGAUUUGUGGCAAACGAACCAAGAAACAUGAAGAGGAUGAAGCAAAACUCGGCAGGGAUGAAAAGGAACCUCUGAAAGUUGGAGACGAUGCCAUAAAAAGAAAUUCUUCGGUAGAAUUCGACGGUCGUCGAGUUUACGCGACCAGUGGGGGAGCAAUCAUAGGCAAAAAUUCUGCUGUAUAAGAUUGUUUUAUUCUGAAGGCUUAGGGAUGACGCGCUCUCAAUAUGACGAAGACAUGACAAUAUAAUUUAUAAUGGUAGUUCAUGUUUUCAGUCCAGUAAAAUAUUGAAUGUAAGUCUGAGUCAUAAAAAUAAUAUUAUGUGGCUGGUGAAAAUAGGUAAUAAACUGUACCACCGUAAAAUGAUGAAUUUUAUUAUAGAUUUCUAUGUACUGAUAGAAUGAAACUAUGUAUUUUUAAAACAUCCAUUUGAACAAUUUAUAAACAAUUGAUUUUAAUAAAAAAAAUUGAAUUGGUAAUGGAAUAAAAGAAAGACUUGUAUCGAAAUGUGUCUUUAUAAAGCUUGUGUAUGUGUGGAUGGCGCGACCAGUAUUCUAAACUGCCAAAUGAGGAUUGAUGUUACUAUGUAGUUAUCAGCUUUACUUACUGUUGUUACUUUUAUUCAACUAUGAUAAUCUAUUUUUAUUGAUUGUUCUGAACAGGGACCAAAGAAUCAUUCAACUAAUCGUACAUCCCUUCUUUUAAUGAUAUUUUUGUGUUUAGCCUACAGAGAGAUGAGUUAUGUUUUUUCUUUGUUAUUUAUAAUUUUUUUCUUUAAUUUAUUUCAUUAAUUCAAUUAAAAAAGACUUUUUUAUUACAUUUUCUAUGGCCCUUGUUCAGCGGUCAAUAAUACGAAGCGCUUGAUAUAUGGGUAUCGCGUUAGUAUUAGAUAAUAUAAGAUACUUAAUUAUAUGAAGCUUCAAGAGGUACAAAAUGUGCCUUUUAGUAUAUGUACUUCUAAUGAGGGUAUGUAACUUAAGGUUUAUGUAAAUAGAUAUUAGAGUAACGCUCACGUCACAACACUGUAAUAAUCACAUGAUUUAUUUUUAUUAAAAAUGAAAGUUAAUAAUUGAUACCGUUAUGAAAUUAAUUAGUGUACUAAAUCUUGAUUGUCUUUUUAUAUGCGCAUUAGACCAACAAACAAUUUGAUAUUAUGUUAUACACAAAAUAUUUUAUAAUUUUGUUUAAACACGCUUCAUUUCAUAUUUGAAAUACCUAUUUAUACGAUAAUUAUUUAAUUGAAUCCGUUUACUUUUAAGAUUUGUAAAUAAUAAAUAAGGCUUUGUAAAUAUACUUUUAUUUGUUCACUAGAUUAGAAAUAAUAUGUUGUAUUUUGUCUUGGUACAAUUUUGCUUUUGUUAGAGCAAAAUGGAUAAUGAUGAAUUUGUUAUACAGAUGGGCCAAAUGUCCAGCAUAAAUAUAUUAUUACACCAGGCAGGCAUAUUAUGGCAUUUUGUCAUCAACGUUUUAUGUAUUACUAUUUGAAUAAUUAACGACAAUUUUAUAUUCUACACAUUUAUUGCCUCUUUUAUACCUACAUGUAUAAGUAAAAUAAAAUUGAUUGCUUUGUAAGUGAACUAUAUACUUCUAGUAAUUUAUAUUAAAUUGUUUUAAGUGGAAUGUAAUCGAUAAAUAUAAUUUCCAUGUACCUACCUGCCUAUUAGAUUACUAUGUAUUAAUUAGAAAUGAAAGUUUUAAGAUUAGCAAAACAGUCAUCUCAUUUAUUUAAAAAAAUGUUAUAAAAUGAAUAUAUCUCCCUACAAUUUUCCUUUUAAAUUUUAUGAAUGACUUCGUAAAAUAUAUUUUUCUUACGAAAUUUAGUUUCUUAUAUUAUUACACUGACUUUAAUACAAUAUUGAUAACUUGAUACAUUAAAAUAUUACACACAAUCGUCUUUUGCAAAGCUGAUAUUGAACUUUAUUACCGAUUGUAAAAAAAUACAAAAUCAUACGUCUUUUGUUUCUUUAUAUGUACAACAUAGGUACACAGUUCACUUCGUUUUUAAAUAUUGUUAUAAAUUGACAUAAUAAAUAACGAACCUUUAAAACCUUUUUAUGUAAAAUAUGUUAUUGCUCAUUGUUGAAUGUUGGAAAUAUUUCUCAAAUUUUCACGCUUUGACAUACCUAACUAUAUCCGUUAGCUAAGUACAUGUAAUAAAACAUGGAUGCCAAGUCCCAUCAAUAUUAUAAACCUUCGAUCCUGAAUAUAAUAAAAACAAUUAAACAACAAUAGGACCCACAAUCCGAUCGGACCGCGCAGGAACUAAAAGGUUAAGACGAAUAAGAACAAAACAUAUUUUUACUAAAAUGGGUUUAAAGUGUUUCCUAAUUUUUUAUAAUAAUAAUUUUAGACUCACAAUUCUUACGUACACUCUAUUUCAUUAUCUGUUAGAUAUAAUCUGACCAGUGUAUUAACUAAUCGAUGCACAAAUUAUGGUAUGUCUAUUUAAUGACAAUGCUUUUGAUAUCGUUGUGAUCGCUUGUUCGCGCAUGUGUCGUGGCGGAUGUUGAAGGAAUAACAGCGCAUUUUUUACAAAAUAAAUGUCUCGAAAUAAAA